GCGGCUUGCUUCCAUACGAGAACAUUGACAGCUGGAAUGUGAAAUCGUGAUAUAUACCGUCCCAAGACCAAACUGAAAAUAAUAGCCCACUCCCUAUACUCCUCCAUUUUUCACGUACGAACAAAUGGCCUCUACCACUUUUGUCCCUGCACUUAUCAUAGUCGACAUGCAAGUCGACUUCGUAACAGGCAGUCUCGCAGUGAACGAUGCCCCCUCUCUCAUCGAACCCAUCAACGACAUUCUUUCACUACCGUUUGCACUCAAAGUCGGAACAAAAGAUUGGCACCCGCAUAAUCAUAUCUCAUUUGCAGCUACACACGGAAAGAGCGUCGGGGAAAAGAUCACGAUCUUUCCUCCUGAACGAUUAACAUCAGUGCAUGUACCCAAGGCUGGGUUCGCGGAGUUGAAGGGCUUGGAGCAGGUUUUGUGGCCUGUUCAUUGUGUUGCCACGACGCCUGGGAGCGAAUACGCAGGCGGGUUGAAUACAGUGAAAGUUGAUGCAACGGUCCAUAAAGGAAUGGACGAGGAUGUGGAAUGUUACUCAGCAUUCGUCGAUCCUUGGGGCCUCGUACCUACCACUCUUCCUGCUCUUUUGUCCCAGCAUGGAGUAACAGACGUAUUCGUCACUGGCGUUGCCGGCGAUUUCUGUGUCAAGUUCACUGCAAUUGAUGCGGUCAAGUUUGGGUUCAAGUCAUGGUAUGUGAGGGAUCUGACGAAAUGUGUAUCUCAAGAGUUGGCAGGAAAGCAAGAGGAGGAGGUGAAGAAUGCCGGUGUCGGUCUCGUGGAUUGCGAGGAGGUGAAGAGGAGAGUUGGCGGUAUAGCUUGAAGACACUGGAGACAUGAAAGAAGCUUGUAUGAUUAGUUGUAUGGUUACUUCUGCGCAAACGUAGACGUUUCACGAUCAUAAAACUUGAGAGUUCUAUAUCUCAAUGUCUACAUGUUC